GACAAAGGCGUCACUUCCGGGUUUCAAAAAAAUAACAGCGCAUCUGAAGAGCUCAGACUUUGAGAACAGUUCUACAGUUGUUUUUAGGGUUAUGUGCUGGGAUGGGAUCUCCAACAAAACAUGCAACACCACACAGAACAAUCACACGUACCCCAGGCAAGGAGCCCGACUCCCCACUUCCUCCCAUCCAGGAGCGUCUGGCAUACCUGCGUCCUUCCAGGGAGCUGCUGGAGUUCUACAGACAGAAGAUCGCUCAGUAUGAUAGUGAGCAUGAGGAGCUCCUGAAGAUGUUGGAGAAGUAUAAAUGCAUCUCAGAGGACCAGCAUAAGCUGCAGUGGGAGGUACGACAGCGAGAAGGAGAGAUCGCAGAGCUUCAGAACGCUCUGAGUGACAUGCAGGUUUACCUUUUCCAAGAGAGAGAGCAGUCUCUGCGGCUUUAUGCUGAAAAUGACAGACUGAAAAUCAGGGAGUUGGAGGACAGGAAGAAAAUCCAACAUCUUCUUGGUCUCAUUGGUCCUGAUGCGGGAGAGAUAACUUAUUUUCACAGGGAACCUCCUCACAAGGUCACCGUCACACAGAGACGCCCAGAGUCCUUAUUUGAGGAAAAUCUCAGUCUCAGGCCAACAAAGUUAAAACCAGCAGCGACUGUGAAAGAGAGCAGCAGGAGAACCAAAUCAGCUGCUGGAUUAAGCAGAGAGAGCUUGGAGCAAUACAAGAACGAUAACCAGACUCUGUUGCUACAGGUGGAGGCGCUGCAGACUCAGAUGGAGGAACAGACCCGUUUGGCCAAAGAGCAGGCAGAGGCUCUACUGGAGGAUCGAAGGAUUAAAACAGAAGAGGCUCAGGCACAGCGGCAAAAAGACCAGGAGCGCAUCACCUCUCUGACUGACAAGCUCCAGCGGACUCAGAACUUGCUGCUUGAGAGCACCAAAGAUUUCUUACAGCUAAAGUUUGACACUCGGACCAACGAGAAGAGCUGGAUGGUUGAAAAGGAUCGGCUGCUGAGGGAGCUGGACUCCUGCCACAACCGCCUGAGAAAGGCCGGGUCUGCCAGCGCUGAGCAGGGGAGAACGUGGCAGCCCAGCACCAGCACAACCCUUCCCCACCCCAGGCCCCUGCCACAGUUAGAGCAACCACACAAGGAAGAGUUAAAGGCAGUGCAGGAGGAUCUGAAGCAAGCUCAUUGUCUGGCUGAGAUGUUCAGAGAGCAGUGUAUUACCCUGGAGACAGAACUGUCCCAGAUCAGGGAGGAAGGAGAUGUUGGCAGGGAAAUAUUCAAGGAGCGUUCAGACAAAAUGGCCAAACGUCUUCAGCUGAUGACUCAGCGUUAUGAGGCUUUAGAAAAGAGGAGGGCUAUGGAGGUGGAGGGCUUCAAGACAGACCUGAAACACCUCAGACAGAAACUCAAAGAUGUAGAAAAACAGCUCCUCAAGGUCACUUUGAAUAUUGGGCCCAACCAGGACUUGGCCAUUCUGCACGAGGUCCGUCAGACCAACACCAGGACGAAAAAGGUUCAGGGAGAACUGAUGGCACUGAAGGCUAAAAUCUAUGGACUAGAAAAUGAGCUGAGAUUUAGUUGAAGAAAGUACUUGAACGCACCGUGUAUUGUUUUCUAUGUUUUUUGCGUUUGUUAGUGACAUGUAAACUGAAUGUUAUUGAUAUUUUUUACUUCAAACCAAUAAAGGUUUUCUGCUUAAAUUACUUUAAA